AGAGCUCUGACUGAAGUCUCUCAUAUUAAAGAGGUGUAGGGCUUUCAUCCUCACACACACACACACACGGCGAGCUGAAGGCUGUGUGGAAUAAAUCACAGACGCUCUCAGAUCGAGGAGACAGACAGAUGGAGGUCUAGAAAGCUGGACGUCUUCACCGUAACGCUGGGCUGAUGCUCAUCUUUUUUAUUCUGGUCGUCUGCACCUGAUUUGCACGGCUGCAGGGAGCCGCCUGGAAGAUCCAUUCAUUGCUACAGAGACACCACCACUCUGUCCAGUCCUCAGCAUUUCCCAGAGUAGUUCUCCUCAAGACAAGCAUCCAUCAGUGCAGAAACAUGUCUUCAAGAGGCCUGACAAUCAGCUGUUUGCUUUUAAUCGCUUUGAUGACUCUAAAUCACGCCGGCCUUGUAAAGAAGCUGAUCAGACAGCGUCGGGAAGCUCUGAAUAUUCCCGGCAUCCACAAUGUUACCCUUUCCAACUCCUCCAGACCAGUUAUUUUCAACCAUGUCUACAAUAUUAAAGUCCCGGGCAGCCCUCUGUGCUCUGUGGAUUUGGACGCUCCUGAAGGAUCAGAUGUGGAGCAGAAGGAUGCACCAUCUGAGCACAGUCUGGAUGGUGGUAAUCAGAUCGUCUUCACACACCGUAUUAACAUCCCUAAACAGGCGUGUGGCUGUGGGGACGGCCUGCCAGAUUUGAAGGAUCUCCUAAGUCGGCUGGAGAUGUUGGAGGGUGAAGUGUCCUCAUUGAGGGAACAGUGCGGUGCUGAGUCAACAUGCUGUAGUGCACAGGUCACAGGUGCGAUAGGAACGAAGCCCUUCUGCAGCGGACAUGGAAACUACAGCACUGAGACCUGCGGUUGUGUCUGUGCUCCUGGAUGGAAAGGCCUUAACUGCACCAUUCCCGACUGUCCUGGAGACUGUAGCGAUCAAGGCCGUUGCGUUAAUGGGAAGUGCGAGUGUUUCGAAGGCUUGACCGGUGAUGACUGCAGCAUUGAUGCCUGUCUGAUUGACUGCGGCGAUAAUGGCCGUUGCGUUAACGGAAAGUGUGUUUGCAAUGAAGGGUUCUCCGGGGAAUAUUGCACAGAGUCAGAUUGCCUUAACAACUGUUUGGGACGCGGCCGCUGUGUGGAUAGCGAAUGUGUUUGCGAUGAACCCUGGACUGGAUUUGAUUGCUCUGAACUCAUCUGUCCGAACGAUUGCUACGAUCGCGGACGAUGUGAAAACGGGACUUGUUAUUGUGACAGAGGAUUCACCGGAGAAGAUUGCGGGGCUCUUGCUUGUCCGAAUGAUUGCUCGGGACGAGGUUUCUGCAUCGAUGGACGCUGCAUAUGCGAUGCAGGAUACACCGGCGAGGAUUGUUCGAGUUUGACCUGUCCGAAUAAUUGCAACGAUAGGGGGCGCUGUUCUAACGGCGUGUGCAUUUGUGAAGUGGGCUUCCACGGAGAGGAUUGUGGGAGAAUUUCAUGCCCUAGCAAUUGCAAUAAUCGAGGUCGCUGCAUUGAUGGACGUUGCGAAUGUGAUGUUGGCUUUCAAGGCCACGAUUGUUCGGAGCUCAGCUGUCCUAAUAAUUGCAAUAAUCGUGGACGUUGCGUUAACGGUCAGUGUGUUUGCGAUGAAGGAUUUGGGAGCGAGGAUUGCGGUCUUAAAACCUGUCCAUCAGACUGCUACGGUCGAGGUCAGUGCAUUGAUGGAAAGUGCGUUUGUUUUGCCAACUUUGCCGGUGAAGAUUGCAGUGAAUUGCGUUGUCCUAAUAGCUGCCUAAACCGCGGACGUUGCAUCGCAGGACAGUGUGUGUGCGAUGAAGGUUUCACUGGCGAAGAUUGCAGUCUGAGAAAGUGCCCCAAUGACUGUCUUGGACGUGGACGCUGUGUUGACGGCCGGUGUGUCUGUCGGGACGGUUUUAAAGGCCAGGAUUGCUCUGUUCCCACUUGUCCUGGAAACUGCAAUGAUCGUGGGCGCUGCGUCAAUGGAAAGUGUGUGUGCAAUGCGGGAUUUUUUGGAGAUGCCUGCAGUGACAGAAGCUGUCUGAAUGACUGCAGUGCUGUGGGACAGUGUGUCGACGGCCGCUGCAUUUGUGAUGAAGGAUACAUUGGCGAGGAUUGCUCAGAAGUUUCUCCACCGGAGGAUCUGACUGUGACUGAUGUGAGCACGCAGAGAGUGAACCUGACGUGGAGGAAUGAGAUGCUUGUGACGGAGUAUCUGAUCACAUAUGUGCCGACGGGUCCAGGCGGCCUGCAGAUGGACUUCAGGGUUGCUGGAGAUCGAACAUCCGCCACCGUCUCUGAACUGGAGCCGGGAAUUGAGUAUCUGAUCAACGUCUACGCUGUCCUCAACAACAAGAGGAGCAUUCCUGUCAGUGCCAGAGUAGCCACACAUCUCCCUCAGCCUGAAGGCCUACGCUUUACAUCUAUCACAGACUCGACAGUGGAGGUCGUGUGGGAACAGCUCAACUUCCCUUUCGAUGGCUGGGAGCUCAUCUUUAGAAACACGAAAGAAGAAAACGGGAAAAUUGUGAACAACCUGACCCCUUCUCAGACUACCUUUGAGCAACGGGGACUGGGACCGGGACAGGAAUAUGAAGUUACAUUAUCGGUCAUAAAGAACAACACCAGAGGACCUGAAACCAGCUCCACUGUAGUUACAAGAAUUGAUUCUCCAGCUCAAAUCGAAGUUGCUGAUGUGACUGACCGCUCAGCGGUGAUCUCCUGGUCCAGACCCGUGGCUCCGGUGGAUGGGUUUAAGGUUUCGUACGGGCCGAGCACAGAUCCUUUAAUCCACCGUGAUGUUGAGCUCACUGCCUCAGAUACACAGUACAGCCUGGAAGACCUGAAACCAGACACUGAAUACAGAGUCGCCCUCAGUUCACAGAGAGGAGACGUGACCAGUGAACCCAUCAUAGAGAGCUUCACCACCGGCCUGGAUGCUCCCAGUGAGCUCAGAGCUGUGGAUCAGACUGACAGCAGCAUCAUGCUGGAGUGGAAAAACAGCCGCUCGUCUAUUGAUGGAUACCGCAUCAAAUACGGCCCAAUCGCAGGAGGUGCUCAUGGUGAAGACAUGUUCCCUAAAAAAACGGGAGACACCACAUGGGCCACAAUUACAGGCUUGAAGCCUGGAACGGAGUAUGGGAUUGGAGUCACAGCCGUGCAGAAUGAAAGAGAAAGUGAACCAGCAACCACAAACGCACUCACUGACCUGGAUCCUCCACGAGACCUGGAAGUACAGAGCUCCACUGAAACCAGCGUGGAUCUGGUCUGGAAGAGGCCGAGGGCAAAGAUCUCCACCUACAGGCUGGCGUUUGUGUCUGUGGACGGGCGACGGGAGGAAAUCGAGCUGCCAGCCAGCGCCAGCACCUCAACACUGAGCGGCCUGAUGCCCGGCAUGAGCUACACAGUGACCCUGGUGGCUGAACGCGGACACAGAAGAAGCGCUCCUGCCACCGUCACCGCAUCCACAGCAUCUUUCACAUUUUAUCUAGCGAACGCUUUUCCUGAGUUCGGUUCAGCCAAAGGCGCCGACGACAAUAUCAUUAGCUUUGUCUCUCUGGAGAACUCCGAAACACCAUUCUCUGGGAGCGAAUUGGAGGAUCCCAUUGGAGGCUCUUUUACCAUAUCUAAUGUCUCGUCCCAUGGAUUUGAUCUCAUGUGGGACUCAAAUAAACUUGCAGGCUUUGAUAGUUUCACUGUAGAAGUUACAGAUUUCUCAGGGAUGUGGAAGGAGGAGGUUCAUCUCAAUGGAAAGGUGAAUGACACUAAAAUCCGUGGCCUAAAAUCUUCCACUGAGUACCAAGUAAGGCUUUAUGGAUUAUCCAAUAACCAAAGGUCUUCGCUACUAGAAGCAGUUGCAGUUACAGCACCAAAGUCUACCUCUCCUGAUGUUGUUGCUUUGACCGUCAAAAGAGUUUCAACAACGCAGCCAUCAGUCUCUACCUCCGCUCUUUUAACAGAGGAUUUUAAAGCAGAAGAUCCUCUCAGUGACUUAAAAGUUACUGAAGUGAGCCCAAAUAGUUUGAGGCUCUCCUGGCGGGCUCCAGCAAGAGCCUUCAAUAGCUUCAUUAUUGAGCUGAACUCGACGUCAAAUAAAUCUAAAGACAGCAUUAUUAAAGUGUCUGGAGAAGCCAGGCACGCUCACGUAGAAGGAUUAAAUGCUGAUAUGAAUUAUGAAAUUACAUUGUAUGGGAGGAAAGCAGGAGAAAAAUCUCAACCAAUCAGUGUUUUCGUCAAGACAGAAGCGCAGAAGCCCCAGAUUGGCAGUCUGAGUGUGUCUGAUGUAUCUUGGGAUAGUUUCAAUGUGUCCUGGAUCAUUGAGGACGGCCCUGCCUUUGACAGUUUUGUGAUUGAAGUGGCAAAUUCUGCAGGUCCCGAAAGACAAAACCUUUCAGUAUCGGGCGAUGCACGUAACUUAUGGAUGUCUGGACUCAGUCCCGGCACGUCCUAUAUGAUUACAAUGUAUGGUGUGCAUCAGGGCUCGAUCCUGGGCUCCGUCAACGUUGAAGCAGCUACAGAUAGAGCUCCAGCGGUGGGCAAUCUGUAUGUGUCUAAUGUAACAUCACAGAGCUUCUUCAUUUCAUGGAAUGACACGAAGGGAGAUAUUGAGCGCUUUGUCCUGGAGAUUAUAGACUCCAGCUGGCAGCAGGAGCCGGUUGAGUAUAAUCUGUCUCAGAGCAUUCAGUCGUAUGAGAUCACUGGGCUACGGCCGACUACUGACUAUAUAGCUUACCUCACUGGAGUGAUAAAGGGAAGGAGAACAGAUUCGGUCAGUGCUGUCGCCUCCACAGCGGCCGAGCCUGACUUGUCUGGACUAGUUGUUUCAAACGUAACCUCAGACUCAUUGUCGCUCUCCUGGCGGACGGGAGAGAAGGCCUUUGAUAACUUUAUAGUGGAGGUCAGAGAGUCUGCUUUGCCCACGCAGGCGACGGGGCGAAUGUUUGGGGCAGGUGUUCGCUCCGCGGUGCUGAACGGCCUGAGAGGAAACACCACAUAUCAGAUCAAGCUGUACGCCACGGUCGCUGGUGCCAACACUGAUGCCCUCACCACUGUAGUGACCACAGAGCCUAAGCCUGAACUGGGCCGUGUUGUUGUGUCUGAGCGGCAGGCCAGUAGCUUGACUCUGUCCUGGAGCACAUUGUCAGGCCACUUUGAUGGCUUCGCUGCUCGAGUCUCAGACCGAGAGCAGCUUUAUGAUGUUGUAGAGCUCAGGCUGUCAGGCACAGAGAGGAACACGAGCAUCCAGGGUCUCGUGGACUCCACGGUCUAUGAUAUAAUGUUUUAUGGUCUGUCUCGUGGCCGGCAAACUCCAUCAAUUUACUUCAAUACCAGUACAGCGUCGUUACCUAAAGUGGAAAACCUGACCGUUUGGGACGUUACCCCGUAUGGCUUUCGGGUGUCCUGGGACGCAGAUUCGGGCUUCAGUCAUUUUCAGGUAAAGGUGUCAGACUCUGGGCAGCUGCUGGAGCCGCAGGAGGUGGUAGUGCCGGGGAACGAGGCCUCGCUGGAGGUUUUGGGCCUGAUAACUGGCAUUGGCUAUGAGGUCAGUGUGACCGGGGUGUCUGGGACUGGGUUACGCUCUCGUCCCAUCACCACAGUGGCUGUUACAGAGGCAGAACCAGAGAUUGAGCAUCUUUUCGUGUCGGACAUCACACCUGAGAGUUUCCGGCUGUCCUGGACCGCAGAAGACGAUGUCUUUGACCGAUUUGUGCUCAAAGUUAGAGAUUCCAGAAAGCUAUCUCACCCCAGAGAAUUCAGCGUGUCGGGUGAUGAGAGAACCAAAGUUUUAACACAGCUUUUGGGGGGAACAGAGUAUGAAAUUGAGCUUUACGGCGUCACGUUGGAACGGAGAUCACAACCUGUUACUGCAGUGGUGAAAACAGGCCUCGGAGCUCUACGAGAUCUUCAUUUCUCUGAUAUCACGGACAAGUCAGCUGUGGCUUAUUGGACUUUACCUCGUGCUCAACCCGACUCUUACAGAAUCACCUGCAUCCCAAUACAAGGAGGAACUCCCAUGAUUGUGCAGGUGGACGGAUCGCAGUCUCAGGUUUCUCUGAGGAAUCUGAUCCCUGGAGAGACGUAUCAGGUGUCUGUUAUUACAGUGAAAGGCCUAGAGGAGAGCGAACCCGUGUCUGGCACUUUUACCACAGCUCUGGAUACUCCACGCAGCCUGACUGUGGUCAAUGUCACGGACUCGAGUGCACUGUUGUUCUGGCAGCCCGCCGUGGCCACUGUGGAUGGAUAUAUGAUCACAUACAGCGCAGACACGGUGCCACCGAUUUCAGAGCAGGUUUCAGGGAACACCGUGGAGUUUGAGAUGAACUCUCUGGCUCCAGCAACUCAAUACACAGUCAGUGUUUACGCCAUCAGAGACCGAGAGAAAAGUCUUCCAGCGACCGCAGACUUCACUACAGAUGUGGAUGCUCCUCGUGAUCUGGUGGCCAGUAACAUUCAGACGGACAGUGCUGUGCUCAGCUGGAAGCCUCCGCGGGCCGCCAUCACUGGAUAUACACUGACCUUUCAAAACUCUGAUGGAGACGUCAGGGAGGUGAUUGUGGACCCGUCUGUGACGUCUCAUGCUCUGUCUGAUCUGAGAAGCACCACAAAAUAUACAGUCCUUCUGCAGGCAGUGUCUGAAGACAAGAGGAGCAGGAGCAUCAGCACCGAAUUCACUACUGUGGGAAUGCUCUAUGGAAACCCCAGGGAUUGUUCUGAAGCUCUGCUGAAUGGAGAGACGUCAUCCGGUCCAUACACCAUUUACGUAAACGGAGACGAGAAGCAGCCGCUCAAAGUUUAUUGUGACAUGACCACUGAUGGAGGAGGAUGGAUGCUGUUCCUGCGCCGUCAGAGCGGAAAGCUGAACUUCUACAGAAACUGGAGGAACUACUCUGCGGGAUUUGGAGACACGAGCGACGAAUUCUGGCUUGGACUGUCAAAUCUGCACAAAAUCACAGCAGCCAAGCAAUAUGAGAUCCGCGUGGACCUGCGUGACGGACCUGAGACCGUGUUUGCUGUCUAUGACAGAUUUUACAUCGGAGAUCCUCGUUCCCGCUACAAGAUCCAGAUCGGUGCAUACAGUGGAACCGCAGGCGACUCUCUGACGUAUCACCAGAACAGGCCGUUCUCCACCUAUGACAGUGACAAUGACAUCGCCAUCACCAACUGUGCCCUCUCAUACAAAGGCGCCUUCUGGUAUAAAAACUGCCAUCGAGUCAAUCUGAUGGGCAAAUAUGGAGACAGCAGCCACAGCAAGGGCAUCAAUUGGUUUCACUGGAAAGGCCACGAACAUUCAAUUCCCUUUGCGGAGAUGAAGAUCCGACCAGCAAAUUUCAGAAACUUGGAAGGCCGACGGAAAAGAUCCUAAACUUCAGAUGUCCCUCUUUCUCUCUUCUCAGAAAUCUUUCUAGAGAUACAAACUGCCUUCCACGUCAAUGUUAUUAAUACUGUCAUCAAGCCAGUUAACAUCUUAGAAACGGGUUUUGGACAUAAAAUAAUGUGAUUUUUGAAAGUCAAACACAAGAUCUUCCUUUUACAAACCUCAGAUCUGUGAGAAAACCACUUUAAGAACAAGUCUCCACUUUAUUUGAUGAUCUUGUAAAGGAAGUGAUUUGACUCCAGUGAUGUCAUUUCCUCCACUGAAUCACUGUCAUGCUCAGGUCUGACACAACCAAGAUGGUGCACAUAAGUGUUCAUUAUUUUUUCCCUGCCAUUUUUUUAAAACCUUUUAAAAGAAAUGAAGCAAAUUAUGAUCUGAUUAUUUUCAGCAAAGGUUUUAUGGCAAGCCAGUUUGUGGAGUGAUUAUUAUUGAUCUUUUUUGUUUAGUUUUGUUUGAGAGUCCUCGAUGUCUAUAAUCCAUCAGUGUCAAUUAAACGUUAUCUCUCUCUCUCUUCUCCCUGUGAAUGUUGAAAAUUGAUCGUCCACAAGACAGAAAAUAAAAAACAUGAUUUGUAAUGUU